CCAGGCUCUUUUCAAGUGAUUACAGGUUAUACGUAAACUAUUCAUUGUUUUAUUAAUAUAGAAUUAAUCUAUCUCAUUUAUUGUACUAAUAUAUUCUCUUAGUAUUAUUUUGUCACUUUUUAUUGUUUUUUUGUAUUAAUAAUCAUUCUACAUUGUUUUAUCAGCAAUAAACUGUUCUUACCAAAAAAAGAACGAACGGGGUACGAAGGAGGUACGAAUUCGUACCCCUUUCAACCUCAGCAAUCCGUAAGGGUAAGAAAGUGGAGAUAUUUAAAGCGCAAAAAGUUAAAUGAGGAGGUCAGUGAUGACAGUAGUGAUGAAGCUGAUAAGGAAGUCAUAACUUCUGAUGAUAUUAAUUCUAUUGAUAUCAAUCCAGUUCGUCAAUCUUUCUCUGCUGAAGAUUUGGAAACAAGGUGCUUUGAUCAGAAUGUAUCAGAAAAUUUCGACUCUGAUUUACCGAUGCAAGAUUUUCAAGAUUGAAGAGCAGAUUCCAGAAACUCGAUUUCAUCCUCAGAGUACGAAAGUGAUUCUGCAAACUAAAAGAACAAAUGGUACUGUAAGAGAAAUGUUAUCUAAAAAAGUAGGGGCAUUUGGCGAAUAUGUAUAUCUAGGAAUAAAGCAAGGUUUAGAGCCGAGGAUAAAAAAAUCUAAUUACACUGAAGACAAAAUAAAUGUCAUUGCUAAUAUUGAUGGUCUGCCUCUGUUCAGGAAAUCGAAUAUGGAAUUAAUGCCCAUUCUGAUGCAAAUAAUUCACCAAGAUUAUUUCUGUACACCAUUUCUUGUAGCUAUAUAUGGAGGAAAAACUAAACCGGACAGUGUCAACGAAUUUUUAAAUGAUUUUGUCGAUGAGACCAAUGACAUAACUACCAACGGAAUUGAAAUCGACAAUAAGAAGUAUCGAUUUGAAUUAAAAGCUAUGGUCUGCGACACACCGGCAUCUUCCGGGUGAAAAAUCACCUCUUUUACGAAUAAAUAAAUUUGACCCUGUGAAGAAAGUGUUGCUCGAUAAUAUGCAUCUUCUUUGUGAUGGAGCAAUAAAAUUGAUUUUAGUAAUAUUGACAUCAAGAGGCAAAUUCAAAUUGAAAUCGGAAAAGCUAAAUCUUCUGUCUGUUCUGCUGAAGGAGAUAACGUCUUCGGUACCAAAAGAGUUUCAAAGAAACACUUUUCCUUUAGAUGAGCUGGCUAACUGGAAGGCAACUCAGUUCCGAUUCAUUUUGCUCUACGCUGGACCACUUGUUUUUCGAGACGUUUUACCUCCAGAUCAAUAUCGCCACUUCCUCAAUCUGCAUUGUGCGUGUAGAAUACUUUACAGUCGAGAUUUAGUUAUGGAUUUUAUGGUAAAACGUCACAAGUUAUGAACAUGCACAAUCUGCAACAUGU